AUGGAGGAGCCGACUUUCAAUACUGUUAGAAAGCGUCCUCGUAUUACUUCUUUUUAUCCUUCUAUUGAUCAGUUAUGUAAUCUUCCGCUUGAGCCUGUCAGGACGUCACAGUCAUGCAAUGCGUCUGCUACUUCAGCUACAAAUACCAACACUGUGAUUGUUAUAUCCGACAACGACAGCAAUUCCAGUGACGAUAACGCCGACACUAUACUCACAUUUCAUUCCAUGGCGCAUGAUUCUGCUGUUUCCAUUUCUAAUUCCCGUUCAUUGGCUCAACCAUUACGAAUAGCAACGACUCAAUCCAUGUCAGCUCAACCUAAACCUCGUACUGCUUUAACUAACACUCGAACGACUCAAACUCCAGCUACUUCCAAAAACAAGUUUUUGAGGAAUAAUCGUAUCAACUCAGAUGUGAUAAUAUCUAAAACCAAGAAUUCAACUGGUGCACUUGCAACUACUACGAAUUUGGUCAUCAACAUUUUGUCGGACGAUGAAGGUGUUUUAGAAACUGUAAACUCGACUGCAAAGCAAUUGUCUGCUCCAACUAUAUCUGAUUCUUCUCAGUCCUGGUCUAAAUCAAAGCAUGCUCGUUCUAGACUGGCUGAUUCUGCUGAGCAGAAUCUUUUAUUUCACCAUUCGCUCAAUAAUAGCCCAUAUACCUCUUCAGAUACAUCACAACCUGCGAAUCUAUGGGAUGCAAGCAUCUCGUCUUAUUCCGACCAGUCUUUAUCUUCUGCCUCUCAAUCAACUACUCCUCCGGAAACGAUUGAUCUAACGUUGGAUGAUACGAUUGAAGAAAUCCUACAAAGAGCUGUCCAGGCAGCUGGACAGACACAGGCUCAGCUGUCUUCUGCUUCAUCCCAACUUUUCAAAGCUCCUCAAUCUAUCCUAUGGUCAACUAAAACAGAAGUUGCUGCUGAUACUUCCAAAUCUAGUAGUCUCGUUGUAGAACCAACUUAUUCUCCUCCAGUUUGCACUCCUGCAAAGUCAAGUUUUAAACUAUUCAAGUUUACAGAUUCGUCCUUGUCAGAAAACUCAUUUGCCAAAUCAAACCCUGCUUUUGAACCACCUUAUAAUGGACAUCGUCAGACACCCGCUGACAUUCAGAUCAGCACAUCCCAUGAUAACCCAAACCUUGACAACUCACAUUCAAAUCAAUCCUUGGUUGCUUCUUUAGAUACCACAUCUCCUAUUACUACUGGUGCUCUGCAUUCUUCAACUACUGUUAUUAAUACGUCCAUCUCUAUGCUAAACGAAAAGGCUAGUAAAUUUUUCCUCGAUCUUGAAUGCCAGCUAUCAUCUGCUAGAUCUGACGAUGUAUGCAUACAAGCAUUUGAUGACCAAUUGGAACCAAUUCAGCAAAAUGCUUCGACCAAUUUUACACAUCAGAUCGAUUCACCUCAAGAACAAUCGCUAAAACAUGAUACCUUGAGUUUGAAUACCAAAUCCGCUCUCCAUAGCAUCAACGGAAUGUUGAAUCCCGACCUCACCACACUUUCUGAUUCUUCAAAAGCUCACACCAAUCAAACUCGACGCCGUGCUUGUUUGAUUGAUCCCAAGAUCUCGGCAUCCCAUGGAUUUUCUUGUGUUGUACCUGAACUUUACGCAAACAGCAAUUCUACUAUUGACAAAUCUAUUUUUUGUUCUCAAUCUUUGGCACAAAUUGAAUCGUGUCGUGUAUUUACAGAAUCUGUUCAAUCUAUAAAUGUUUCUACCCAUUUUGAAUUGGGUGAUAGCCAGAAGAUACAUUGUGGUGCAUUAUAUACCUCUUCUAAACACCCUUAUACUACAUCACUGAUUUAUCCACUUGGUGCAGCAUUUAGAUACCACUCUCGCAAAUCCAAACCAGAGGAUCAAGCCGCUGUAUUAAAAUCCUAUGCUCGCGUGUUUUUGCAAAUUUGGUGGCCCAAUGCUAGCAUUUAUGCAGAGCUUUUUUAUGGAUGUGGCAUCAGCGAAAGGGAUGCUUCAAUUCCUGCCAUGUUAAUAGAAAAAAGAGGCCGCGAUAUUCGACCUAUUAUGCCAAAGCGAAGUAUCUCAGCACUAAUAGAGUCACAAAGCAAAGUUGAAAUUGUUCGUCAAAUGACCGACUCUCGUUAUCGUGUAGAUGGGUUUUCUCAUGUCACUUCUUAUGGCAAACGUGGGGAAAUACGAAGUGCAACUUGCUCAAAAGUUAUUAUACAUAAUAAUCUGGCUUUUACUUCAUCGGUAGAAACGAAUGAGAUUAAAAUCUGGUAUCUUUCUUUACCAAAAAAAACUCCUAAUUUAAACAUGCCUCGACGCAGCUCGGCGUAUGUUCUUCUCCCAAAUCGAUUUUCUAUAGAUAAACCAUAUACUCUUGAGUGCGAAUCAGGUUUUUCAAAUAUUUCCAGUGCUACCAAAGUUUCCGAGUUUGAUUUCGAUGUAGCAUCAAACACUUUGGCGGCUGGCUCGUUGGAUGGUACAGUGUAUGUAUGGAAGUCUCCCGCGUCUGUUGUAUCAAGAGAGCACUUUAUGUUGCGAGAUAUGCAAGAAAUACAUGACCAAAAGUUUAGACCUGUGCUGACUGUCAAAUUUGGAUCAGGGAUAACUCAGGGGCAGCUAUUUGCCGGAUACGAACAACCAUUUAAACAGAAUGAUCAGCCUGGACUGUGUCAUUUGUGGGAUAUGACCUCUAAUAGAACUCCAUUAAGAACCUUUACUGUAGAAAAAAACUCUACGUCAAGUAUUGCAUGGUGCAGCGAUCGCAAUAUGUUGGCAUUAGGUGUUGAUGGAUCCAGUGUAUUAAACAACGACAGUUACGGUGAUGGCGAUAGAAAAGUAAGAUUUUUUGAUGUACGACAGCCACAUAUGAUUGGAGCCACUGGUAUUCGAGUCGUUGGUCACGAAGAACUCUUGUUUAGCCCUUGCGGAACCUAUUUAGCAAUAUCUGGACGAAGUAAACCAAUGCUUCGUGCUGGUACUAGAAAUUAUGCAUUAUUUUCAAUUGUAGACGUCCUUGAUGUUAGAAAUCUACGUCGGCCUUUAGCUAAACUGGACCAUGAUGUGGCAGUUGAAUAUGCACAUGUCAGGUCCAAGCAAAUUAAAAAUGUUUAUUCCACCCAUAUAUGGACCCAAUCAGGUUUGCUCAUUACUGGCGGAUCGGACUUUGCGUCGCGAUUGUGGGAUGUUAAGCGCAGCGAUUGCCGACUACGGACAAUCGACUAUCAUGACGGAACUGUUGUGCACUUUGCAUUAUCACAAGAUGACGAUAUGCUGGCUGUUGGAACAGACACGUCACAAAUAACUAUAUACUCAAUGAAAGGACCAGAAAAAUAUAUCCAAAAGCUGCAAACUGCAUAUAAUCACGGUAGAGAGGCUGUUGGCAUUACGUAUCCUGCAUUAUAAAUCCGUCAUAUUUGCAUAUGAGCAAAACAGUGGAGUUUCAUAUUGAAAUGUAUCGUUGAUGUUGAUCAGAAUUCAAAGUAAAGUCAUAUUCGUGCAAAAUGGAACACUUGUAUCCAUCUUGCAGCGACUUUAUUUUGUUUUGGAAUAAACAACAAUCGAGUAUUCGCU